GUUGAUCUAUGCUCUAACCUCAAAAUUAAGAAACCAAAACAUUGAAAAGUAGAAUGAUAGAAAAUGGUUCACUUGUCUAUUAAAUUACUGGGGAAAAUAAAACAGGCAACUCGUAAGUAUGAACGAUUCGGUUUUAGGGAUAACUUGAGAAUAUAUGUACAAGGCGGGCCCGGAGGUAACGGAUACCCAAAAUUUGGAGGUGUUGGAGGUAAAGGUGGCGAUGUUAUAGCUGUUGGUAAAGAAGAUAUUACUCUAGAACAUGUUUUCAAAUCAAAUAGGUCUAAAAGAUAUAUUGCAAAAGGAGGAAAACACUCUACACAUAAUUUUAUUAUUGGUACACCAGGUGAAGAUAUCAAAUUUGAUGUACCAUUAGGUGUAAUUCUAGAUACUGAACACGGAAAACGAUUAGGGGAAGUAAAUGAUGAAGGACAAGAAAUAGUUGUUGCUAAAGGAGGCACAGGUGGACACAGUAAAAACGGUUAUUUAGGUACUAAAGGUCAAGCUUAUUCAGUUAAACUCGACUUGAAACUUAUCGCAGAUAUUGGAUUGGUUGGGUUCCCAAAUGCUGGAAAAAGUACUUUAUUAAAGGCUAUAUCUCACGCUAAACCUAAAAUUGCAAGUUAUCCCUUCACAACUGUAAAACCAAAUGUAGGAAUCUUAAUGUACAAGGAUUAUAGACAAAUUUCCAUGGCUGAUUUACCUGGACUCAUAGAAGGUGCUCACAUGAAUAAAGGCAUGGGGCACAAAUUUCUCAAACAUGUGGAAAGAACUAAAUUGAUUCUUAUGGUUGUUGAUAUUAAUGGUUUCCAAUUAAGUCCCCAAUAUCCCCAUAGAAGUUGUUUAGAGACCAUAAUGUUGUUGGUAAAGGAACUGGAAAUGUACAACGAUACUUUAUUGUCGAAACCAGCAAUGAUGCUAAUAAAUAAAAUGGAUACUGAUGGUGCCCUUAGUAAAUUCCAGGAAAUAAAGGAACAGUUGAAAAAUUUAGAAAGUGUUUUUGCUAAUUAUCCAGACGAUAUAAGACCUCUAAACUGCAUGAAAUUUUUCGACGUGAUUCCAGUUUCAGCUAAAGAAAAUCCAGAUGAUGUGAAUUAUGUGAAACAUAGAGUACGAAAGAUGUUAGAUGUGAUAGCUGAACUAAACGAAAAUAAAUCAAGUCACGAAACUGAUGGUGUAGAAAACGAUUUUAAAGAAAAAGCUCCAGUUCUUAUUUAAGUUUUAAAUGAAAAAAUUAUAUAUUAUAUAAUAAUAAAUAAUAUAUAAAUAUAUAUAAA